AUGGACAAACUGCACGAGACGUUGAUAAACAUGGAAGACGCUUUGGGGUCGGAGCACUCCGUCUGCUUGUCUCCCUGGGACUGGAAAAACGCCGCUGGGACGUUGGAGCUGCACCCCGGCUCCUCUCCCCACAGCUUAUCCCCGACGCCCUCCUUCGAAUCCUACUCCUCGUCCCCUUGCUCGGUGGCGGCGGCGGAGACCUCCUACGGCAGCGGGGGCGGUGGCAGCCUGGUGGGCUACAGCCUGGUGGGUUACAGCUUGGUGGACUUCCCCCCAGCCUACCUGCCCAACCCCGGGCAGGCUCGGCUGCCCAAGGGCACCAAGGUGAGGAUGUCCGCCCAGCGCAGGAGGAAGGCCAGCGAGAGGGAGAAGCUGAGGAUGAGGACCCUGGCCGACGCGCUCCACACGCUGCGCAACUACCUGCCCCCCGUCUACAGCCAGAGGGGACAGCCCCUCACCAAAAUACAAACCCUGAAGUACACCAUCAAGUACAUCAGCGAACUGACGGAGCUCCUCAACGGCGUCAAGCGGGCGUAG